CAAGCAAGGAUGAAUCUGUUAGGCUAUGGAAUGUCCAUACAGGGAUCUGCAUCUUGGUAUUUGCUGGAGCUGGAGGUCAUCGCAAUGAAGUGUUGAGUGUUGACUUCCACCCUAGUGAUAUUGAGCGUUUUGCAAGUUGUGGCAUGGACAACACUGUGAAAAUCUGGUCAAUGAAAGAAUUUUGGCAAUAUGUUGACAAAUCAUAUUCCUGGACUGACCUUCCAUCAAAGUUUCCAACAAAAUAUGUCCAGUUUCCGGUGUUGAUUGCUGCAGUACACUCUAACUAUGUUGAUUGUACAAGAUGGCUUGGUGACUUCAUCCUGUCAAAGAGUGUUGAGAAUGAAAUUGUGCUUUGGGAACCAAAAACAAAAGAACAAAGUCCUAGGGAGGGAAGCAUCGAUAUUCUUCAGAAGUACCCUGUGCCAGAGUGUGACAUCUGGUUUAUAAAAUUUUCGUGCGAUUUUCACUUCAAUCAGUUGGCAAUAGGAAAUCGUGAAGGCAAAAUCUAUGUGUGGGAAGUACAGUCAAGCCCUCCUGUCCUAAUUGCCCGGCUAUAUAAUCAGCAAUACAGAUCACCAAUAAGGCAGACUGCAGUGUCUUUUGAUGGAAGCACUAUCCUUGGAGCUGGUGAGGAUGGCACCAUCUGA